AUGAAAACUACAAUUUUGUUGACGCAGCUUUUGCUGAAUAUUGAGACGCUGCAAGCUUUCUCGCCUAGCCUUCAGAGAAGCACCUUGACUCGUCAAUCACAGCCUUCUUCUACCCGUGUCUUUUCGCAAUGGGAUGACGAGGAAGAAGAGAUCCUUCAAAAAUCCACUUUCGAUGAAGCUGGAGUUGCAUUGACGGAUGAAGAAGAGCAAAAGAGGAUUGCCGAAAUGGGCGACGAUACCAACGAAGACUAUAGCACCGAUGAUAUUUCCCGAGUAAGAGAAGCUAUUCGGCAACGAACUGAGGCUUUGGGAAUGGAACGAUCGAAAGUGUCUGUCGAGGCCAUCCAAGCCGCUCAAGAAAGAGCAAAAUCAGCAGUUGAAAAUAAUUUAUCUGGAGCAUCGCAAUUAGACCUGAGUCAAAUCACCGAAAACGCACCGCGGGGAGAGGACGCUGAUAAUAUUCCGGCAAUGUUUUACGACCCAGAAACUGAGAUGACAAAGGAAGAAAUGAUUGAGGCAGAUCCAGAUAGUCAGUUGAAUUUUUAUGAUCAAGUUAUGAAGGAAAUCACAUCAUCAACAUGGCCAUCUCCUGGUGCCGCCCUCAAAGAAGUUUUCGUCCUAAUCUUUGUGGGCGCUGCUUCAACUGCUCUCAUCAUCAAUUGGGAUAAUUUCCUUCGAGAGACGUAUACUAACUUUGGAAUGAUUCCAACGGAGGAGCAAAUCAUGCAAGGAUCCGAAAACAUGGUUCUGCCCGAUGGGUGGACAAAUGGAAUGUCGGAAGACGACUUUAUGAACUUCCGUGAGGAACAGGGCAAAUCAUCGUCUCCUUCUGUAGAAGCAAUCAAGCAAGGUUUCCCAGAAUUGUAA